AUGGAAAAGGACAAUAAAGAAGAAAAUUAUGAACUGAAUAAAUAUAGUUAUCCAAAUUUUUAUUUGGCUGAUUUAUUUUACAAAUUACAGUUAUCAAAUAUAUCAAUAAAUGAAAGAAAUGAAGCAUUACAAAAAUUGUUAGAUGAAAUAGAAAAAAAUAAUAUGUAUCCAUACUAUAGUUAUAUUUGCGAAGAAUUGAAUCUAAAUAUGGAUAAGGAUUUAUAUAAAAAAUUAAAAGAUAAAGCUGAUGAAGAAAUGAAUAAAAUAGAAAAAAAAAUAUUAGAGUCUGAAGAGAAUUUUGAUUCUGUUGAUACAAAAAAUGAUCUUCUAAUAAAAGCAAAUUUUUUUUGUAAAAUUGGAGAUAAGGAAAAUUCAAUUAAAGAAUAUGAAGAAGCAUAUAAAAAAGGAAUAGGUAUUGGAGUUAAAUUAGAUAUUUUACUUACCAUAAUAAGAAUUAGUAUUUUUUUUAAUGAUAUGAAAAAUACUAAGAAAUAUUUAGAACAAGCUAAAACACAAAUGGAAAAAGGUGGUGAUUGGGAAAGAAAAAAUAAAUUAAAAAUCUAUGAAGCUUUAAAUUAUAUUAUGAUUAGAAAUUUUUCAGAAGCAUCUAAAAUUUUAAUUGAUGCAGCCUCUACUUUUACUGCUACAGAAAUUUUAUCAUAUGACCAACUCAUAUUUUAUGUUGUUAUUCUUAGCAUAAUGACUGAAGAGAGAACAGUAUUGAAUAAAAAAAUUUUAAAUAACUCAAUAAUUUUACAAGUAACGAGUAGUGAUGACGAUUUGCAAAGUUAUAUCUCUUCUUUUUAUCAUUGUGAUUAUAGAACAUUUAUGGAAAAGAUAAUAAAAAUGGCUAUGCGUGUUAAGAGAGAUAGAUAUAUAGGUAGGCACUAUAGAUAUUUUAUUAGAAAUACUAGAGUUAGAGCAUAUAGACAAUUUUUAGAACCCUUUAAAAGUGUUACUCUUAAAAAUAUGGCAUAUGCAUUUGGUGUUAGUGAAGAAUUUAUUGAAAGCGAAAUAUCAUCAUUUAUUGCUAAUGGAAAGCUAAAUUGUAAAAUUGAUAAAGUUAAUGGAUCAAUUGAAAGUAAUCAACCUAAUGAAAGAAAUACGAUGUAUUUGAAUACAAUCAAAAAGGGGGAUAUAUUGCUUAAUAGAAUACAAAAAUUAUCUAGAGUUAUUGAUAUGUAA